UGAAGCUCCCAUUGUACUUCCUGAAAACCCAACAGAUAUAAACUCACACACUGACCUACUUUGACAGCAGCUGAAGUCGAAGGCAGACCCAGAAAACUUCACCAAACUCUUUGACUUUUGGACUUAAGGAUGCUGCAGUGUGUCUGCGUGUUGCUGCUGGCAGCCUCGGCUCUGGGCCACCAGGAUGAGACCUCUCUGGACGCCCAGUGGGAACAGUGGAAGACCACGCACAAUAAAGAAUACAAUGGCCUGGAUGAAGAGGGGAUUCGCAGGGCCGUCUGGGAGAAGAACAUGCGCAUGAUUGAAGCCCACAACAAGGAGGCGGCACUGGGCAUGCACUCCUACGAGCUGGGGAUGAACCACCUGGGCGACAUGACGACGGAGGAAGUGUCCGAGAAGAUGACCGGCCUGCAGGUCCCGAUGAUCCACGAGCGCAGCUUCACCAUGGCUCUGGACAACAACGUGUCCGGAAUUCCCAAGUACAUCGACUACCGCAAGAAGGGCAUGGUGACUCGGGUGAAGAACCAGGGUGCCUGUGGCUCCUGUUGGGCCUUCAGCUCGGCUGGGGCCCUCGAGGGCCAGUUGGCCAAGAAGACGGGUCAGCUGAUCGACCUCAGUCCCCAGAACCUGGUGGACUGCGUCACAGAGAACGACGGCUGCGGGGGAGGGUACAUGACCAACGCCUUCAAGUACGUGGAGGAAAACGGAGGCAUCGACUCCGAGGAGGCGUACCCGUACGUCGGAGAGGACCAGCCGUGCCGCUACAACUCCUCAGGCAUGGCCGCCCAGUGCAAAGGCUAUAAGGAGGUCCCGGUGGGCAACGAGCACGCGCUGGCUGUGGCGCUGUACAAAGUGGGUCCAGUAUCUGUGGGCAUCGACGCCACGCUGAGCAGCUUCCAGUUCUACAGCAAAGGUGUUUACUACGACCCCGACUGCAACAAAGACGACAUCAAUCACGCCGUGCUGGCAGUGGGCUAUGGCGUGAGCGUCAAGGGGAAGAAGUACUGGAUCAUCAAGAACAGCUGGGGCGAGAGCUGGGGCAGAGGAGGCUACAUCCUGAUGGCGCGUAACCGUGGCAACCUCUGCGGCAUCGCCAACCUCGCCAGCUACCCCAUCAUGUGAAGAGAGGAGCGCGGGGCUCAGAGGGAAGACGUGGGAGGGUGACGGAGCUUUGCUUAGACUACCGCCCACAAAACUGUUUAUUCCAGCAUGUCAGCGACCACUACAAAAAAUAACAGGUUUCACUUUGUUUAUGCAGCAAACAUAUUUUUGAAUUAUCAUGAAAUGCAAAGAAAUUCAGGCUGGACUAAAGGUCUCUGAAGAGAACUUGUUCCAGUGACAAAAGGGCUGAAUGGAGUCUGAUGGAUGUCUUUAAAAUGUCUGAUUUGAAGCACUUUAAACGCCUUCAGUCUUUUCAGUUUUAUCUCCAGACCAGCAGCCAUCCGCUGCGGUCUCCUCCAUAAAGACACACAAACAGUGUGAGCGCCUCCAGGAUGAGGCGCAAAUAACGCUAAACCAGGCCCCAGGUUGGUGCCAGUGGGCCAGCCCACCCGGCACUGCCAACAUCUCACAGUAUUCUGCAGGUAGUCGCCGAUAGUUUCAGUCCCAAGCUUUAAUUUCUAAAAACAGUUUGUGUGGAAAAUCCAGUGUGUCAGGAAACGUUGCUGGCCAAUGGGAGCUCUUCCUUUCCUGUCGACGCAGAGUCACAUCCUCUAAAAUCGUAACUGUGUUUCUCUCGAUCAUGUCGACUUUUGUUGUUGUUGUUCUGUUCAGCACUUUUCCAAUGAUCAAACUGUAAACUGUUGUUUUCUAGGAAAUUUAAUAAAGAUUUAAUUUUGAAGUUGAA